AAAAGUCUUAAUCUCGUAGGAUCAUUUUACCAGCAAGGAUCUUCUAAACCAUUUUUAAAUCUCUAUAGGUAUAAUUUAGUCGCCCUAGGGCGUUAUAUUAGAAAUAAGAGUAGAUCAUCUCUCCACGAACUAAGUGAA